GUGUCCCUAGGGAUAAAGCGCUCUCGUCCGGCGCCGCAGCGGCUUCUGCUGCUCUUGCUGUCCUCUGUGCUAUCCGCUAGGGUUUAUCUGCUCGAGGAAUGGCGUCGCUGCAGGUCUCCGGCGCGGGGGUUGGCGCCGCGGCCUUCGCUGCGAAGGGGAAGGCCUCCAUCGGUGCGCUCCGGCUUCCAUCUACGGUGACCGUCGGCGAGGUCUGCCCGGCCCGGCGGGCGUUCCGCGGCCUCGUCGUCAGGGCCGCCACCGUCGUCGCUCCCAAGUAUACAACACUUAAGCCUUUGGCCGAUAGAGUGCUUGUAAAGAUUAACUCUUCCGAGGAGAAGACAACUGGUGGAAUUUUGCUCCCUACAACUGCUCAGUCCAAACCUCAGGGUGGUGAGGUAGUUGCUGUUGGAGAAGGAAGGAUAAUUGGGGAUAAGAAAGUUGAUGUCAGCAUUCAGGUUGGAGCUCAAGUUGUAUAUUCAAAGUAUGCUGGAACCGAGGUUGAGUUGAAUGACUACAACCAUCUGGUUCUCAAAGAGGAUGACAUUAUAGGUAUCUUAGAAACUGAUGACGUGAAAGACAUGAAGCCUCUUAAUGACCGUGUACUAAUCAAGGUUGCUGAAGCUGAAGUCAAAACUCCAGGCGGUCUAUUGCUUACUGAAACUAGCAAGGAGAAGCCAUCUAUCGGAACGGUCGUAGCGGUUGGCCCGGGCCCCCUGGACGAGGAAGGCAAGAGGAGCCCGCUGUCUGUGUCCGCGGGGAGCACUGUCCUGUACUCCAAGUACGCCGGCAGCGAGUUCAAGGGCGCUGAUGGCACGAACUACAUCGUGCUGAGGGUGUCGGAUCUGAUGGCCGUCCUCUCCUGAGCUGGGCUGGAGGAUAGAGGCGCAGGAGCAGGAUGCCAUGCCAUUGCCAGUGCCAGCCAGCCAGUGGUACCACAACCACAACUCCCAGUUGCUGCAUCGGCGCAUCGCCAUUUUUUGUGGGAAUGGGGGUUCCCUGGCGGCCUACCAGUACUGUAGGUUUCCUCGCGGCUUUCCGUUUUUUUUUUUCUUCUUCUUGGUCGUCUUGUCUGACUGCCCUCCGAGGAACAACAAUAAGCGAGCAUUCAGAAAUUCGGUCGCACGAUGAAAGGGCUUCACUUUGUACUCUGUCA